UGGUGUCGCUACUCUCUAGGCCGACAUUACGACAUCUCAGAUCUUUUUAUUUGAUUCAAUCGAACGUACAUGCUAAUCGAGUGCAACAACUGAAAAAAUGAAGAUGGCGGACGGAUGUGUAUUCUUUAGAAGAAAUAGACCUGGAACUACAGCAAAGAAUUUCUGUAGGUGGCCUGAUGAACCCUUUGAAGAAAUGGACAGCACGCUGGCCGUGCAACAAUAUAUUCAACAAAUGAUUAGAAGAGAUCCAUCUAAUGUUGAUUUAAUAUUGAAAAUGCCAGAAGCGCAAGAUGAAGCAGUAUGGAAGUAUGAACAUUUAAGACAGUUUUGUAUGGAACUGAAUGGUUUAACAGUAAGACUACAGGCUGAAUGUCAUCCAGAAACCUGUACUCAAAUGACAGCUACUGAACAAUGGAUAUUUCUAUGUGCUGCACAUAAGACACCUAAAGAAUGUCCAGCUAUUGAUUAUACACGACAUACACUUGAUGGUGCAGCUUGUUUACUUAAUAGUAACAAAUAUUUUCCUAGCAGAGUUAGUAUUAAAGAAUCUUCAGUAGCCAAACUUGGAUCUGUUAGCAGAAGAGUUUAUAGAAUUUUCUCUCAUGCAUAUUAUCAUCAUAGAACAAUAUUUGAUGAAUUUGAAAAUGAGACUUUUUUAUGUCGCAGAUUUACAGCAUUUGUAACAAAAUAUAAUUUAAUGUCAAAGGAAAGUUUAAUAGUACCAAUUAUGGAAGAAGAAGGAACAACAGAAAGUGAAGCAUAAUAGAACUUAAAUAUUUAUAUUUACCUGAAAUUCGUUGAAUGUAAUAUGAAAUCAUAAGUAAUGAUAUAUUAUUGAAAUAUCUCUUGUAAUUCCAAAUGUUAUAGGAGUAACAAGAGUAUUACAAGAGAUUAAUAAUUUUUGGUAACUUGUGUAGAAAUAUAUUACUAGAAUUUCUUGUUAUUAAUUGAAUUAAGAUAAAAAUCUUUUUGAUACAAUUUUUUUUUCUUUUUUUUUUUUAUAAAAAUUCGUUGUAUGAAGCAAUUUGUUAUAUUUAAUAAGCUAUAUUUGCAGUAUUUAUUUAUUAUUAACGUAUAAAAUGUAGAAGAUAUAAUUAAAAUGAACUAGCCAUUAUUAAACCUUUAUAAAGAUGAAUCUUUUUAAAUAAAUGUUUUAUAUCUUCUACAAUUUAUUAAAUAAAAAUUAUUGUAUAUUAUUGAAUUUUAUAUGUAUUUAUGUAUUAUUUUUAAAGUAACAAAAUUAUAAAAAAAAUUAUUUUUAAAGUAACAAAAUUAUAAAAAAAAUUUCUUAUAGAAAUUCAUUUCAAUACUGUUUCAUAAAAUAAUGUAACAAGAAAUUCAAGUUUAGAGUAAAAACAUUCAAUUUUUUGCAUAACAUUAUAUUAUAUAAUAUUUUAUAUUUCUUCCUUCUUAAUAUUAUAAAUUUGUAUACAAAUAUUUAAUUUUAUUGAAAUUGCAUAUAAAUUUUAAAAAGUUCUUUUAUAGUAUAAUUUUGAAUGUAACAUUAAGUAUCAAAAUAAUUAUUUUAUAUUUGAAUAAUUUAUCAUAAAAAAAUAUACUGUAACAAAAGUCAUUAAUAUGACGUAAUUAUAAUCAUCGUAAAAUAACCAAAUUAAACAAACACUUAUAUGCAUUAUUAGUAAUGAUAAUAAAUGUUGUAGUGUUCUUAUUUAUAUCAUAUUUAUCUUAUGUGGGAUUGAAAUGUUAAGCUUUCUUCUCCAUUAAUCGAACUUGACUAUCGUAUGAUCCGAUUAAAAAUAUUACAUUUUUAUUCUCUGUAAAAUAUUAAACAUAAGAAAAAUGAUACAUAACUCUCAUGUUAUUACGGCACUUAAUCUUCAAAAAUAAGACUAGAGAAUAUAAGUAAACAUUAUUUUUUAUAUUAUUUUUUUCUUUUAAUGUAUAUUCAUUUUUUAAAAAUUAAUAAUUUCAUUAAUAAAAAAGUUGAAAAUGUUCUCUAGUUUUCUUAUUAAGAAAAGCAAUAUCAGUGCCGGAAAAUUAUCCAUAUUACUGCCGAGUACAUAAGCUCCAAAAAGUACUUUAUAUUAGUAACUGAUAUAAAAUUUAAGAAGAGAAAAUUGAACAUACUUGAAAUCUAUUGUCUUUCAGUUUAUUAAUGUUUCAAUCAUGAUUUGUUCAAAGAAAUUUUUGUAAGCUUAUACCAAUUUGAUACCAAGAAUAUAUGUUUUUAUAAAGAGUAAAGAAAAUAUUUUGCUUAUACAAAAAAAAGAAUUGUAAAAUGUCUUUCUUUUAUUUUCACUAAUAAUGAAAAACAUAAUCAUGCAAAAUAAAUUUUUUAAUAAUUUCAUUUAUUGUUGGUGAAAUAUGAUUUUUGCCAAUCGUUUAUUGCAAUUUUUUCUAAAACAAAAAAAUAUCUUACAAAUCUUGAAUUUCUAUAGAAGGCACUGUAAUUUUCAUAGUAUGUGUUAUAAGUCUGCAAUGUGCAUGUAUGCCUAUUGUAACAUUGUAUAUAUAAUUUGUAAAUAAAAAAUUCAAUAGACACGAUCAGUUGACAAAAUAAUCGAGAAAAGAAAAAUAUAUCGUGAUUAUUUCUAUACAAAUAUGCAUGUACUGAAGGAAUAAACUUUUUACUCAAUAUAAA